AUGGAAAGUGAAAUAUUACAAACAACUACAAUGCAACAUCAACAAGAUGAAAAAGAUGAUAGUGGAAUUGAACAAGAUAAUAGUUUUAUUUAUAUACGAAUAGCUGUUGAAGAUCUUAAUCUACAAAAAGUACUCAAAUUUAAUUUAGACGAUACUGUAUGGUCUGCAAAACAAAAAGUUUUACAAGUUCUUGUUCGAGAAUUAAUAGAUGGGUUAAAUUUUGGAUUAUAUUUACCAGCAUGUAAUGGUCGAGCUGGUAAAUUUCUUGAUGAAUCUCGUUGUCUUAAAGAAUAUCCAUUAAGUGGAUCUGUUAGUUAUCUUGAAUUUAAAUAUAAACGACGUGUUUAUAAAGCACUUCAUUUCGUACAGAAAAAUCUUAAUUCAAAAAUUAGUACAAAGAAAUUUGUUGAAUGUAUCAAAACAAAUCAAGUUUCAAAAGUUGCACGAUAUUUAGAAAAAGGAUUUGAUCCAAAUUUUCAUAUUUCUAAUGAUGGUAAGUCAUUAUUAAAAUUUCUCGAAGUUGAAUGA